GAUCAAAACAAACGGCAUUAUACCAGUGCAAAAGAACGCUCGUUGUGAAUUGAAUACCCAAUCAGAACAUUGGAUUGUAAUAAAAUAUCAAUUGAUUUAUUGACGUUCAAUAAACGCUGUUCGUACUUCGUUGAUCAGUUACUUACAGCGCUUCGGUUCAAUAAGUAUUGUAUUCAUGUGAUGUGUUGAAGAAAGUGUGUUAAUAUUAAAUGGUGCGUUUUAAGAAGUGUGAUUCACAUGAGCGUAGAACCCCUAUGCUACAAAUUGCUUGAGUGGAUAACAUUAAUUAGCAAUAAGUUAUGUGUAUAACUACCAACCAGCAUAGCUUAUAUUGGUAGGCGUAUUACAAAGCGAUCAAAUUUGUUGAUACCGUUAUCUUGUUACAAUCUCACAAAAAGUGUUCAUUGUCGAAUGUUUCGGCGUAUCAAAGACUGAUCGAACAGUAACGAGAAUAAGGUCUGUAGAUAACUGUGAUAAAUGUCUCAAAUCAACGAUCUGAAUGCAAUGCAUCGGACGAAUCCCUCUGAACCGAAACCAAAGUUGUUCCUCGACGAUGAGCCGAAAAAACUGGAAGUGGCAAGUGUAUCGGAUAGUGUAGUUGAAGUGGAUGGAUCGUACACAGUGUACGCAUCCAGGUGGAUAAUGUUGGUGUUGUUUGUGACAUUCUCAGCGUCGAAUGGAAUGCAGUGGACGCAGUAUACUAUCAUAUCGGAUAUAGUGACGGGGUACUACGGCGUCUCGAGCAACGUGGUGUCGUGGACGUCAAUGGUGUACAUGAUCACAUAUGUGCCCUUGAUUUUUCCAGCUAGCUGGCUGUUAGAUAAAACGAAUCUCCGCGUCACAACGAUAAUUGGUGCGCUGGGAACAUGUGCGGGCGCCUGGUUGAAGGUGUUCUCGGUGCCUCAGAACAUGUUCUGGCUGGGGUUCACCGGACAGACGGUGGUGGCUAUCUCCCAGGUGUUCAUCCUCAACGUGCCGCCCCGACUAGCUGCCGUGUGGUUCGGAGCUGACCAGGUCUCGUCUGCUUGCAGUAUUGGAGUGUUUGGUAAUCAGCUGGGCGUGGCUCUCGGGUUCCUCUUGCCCCCGAUGAUCGUCCGCGCUCAAGGAACCACCGACGAGAUCCGGAGUGACCUGCAGCUCAUGUUCUACCUGAUCGCGGGGCUGACGAGCGUGCUCUUCGUGCUCAUCGUCCUGUUCUUUAAAGCAGCUCCAUCUACGCCCCCUUCAGCGGCUGCAGACCUUGGGAGUGAACUUGAUUCCAACUUCCUGCAGUCUCUUAAGAAGCUGAUGACCAAUCGUAACUACGUACUUCUGCUCAUCUCUUACGGACUCAACGUUGGGGUCUUCUACGCAAUAUCCACGCUGCUAAAUGAACUCGUGCUAACUUACUACCCGGGAGCGAAUACAGACGCAGGUCGCAUCGGGCUGGUUCUCGUUGUGGCCGGUAUGGUUGGAUCCGUGGUCUGCGGUCUCAUCCUGGACAAGACUCACCGCUUUAAGGAGACUACACUCGCUGUCUACGCCGCCUCUGUCAUCGGCAUGUUUAUCUUCACGUUCACCCUCGAUAGCGGUCAUAUUUCUAUCGUCUACUUCAGCAGCAUUUUACUAGGUUUCUUCAUGGCGGGCUACCUACCGGUCGGUUUCGAGUUCGCAUCAGAAGUGACUUAUCCAGAACCAGAAGGAACCACUUCUGGAAUACUGAACGCAUGUGUACAGGUGUUCGGUAUAGUAUUGACACUUCUAUUUGAAUGGAUGCUGAAGGAAGUCGGAGAUCGAUGGGCUAACCUGACUCUCUGCGCUAUACUCGUCCUCGGAACCGCCAUCACGGCUGCUAUUCGUCCCGACUUGCGACGCCAAGCUGCACAGAACAAGGCCUAAAACAACAGUAGGAAUAGGAAUAAAUAAUGUUAAUAUUUAUCCAAUACAAACUACACAACGAGAUAUCUACAAGGAAGUAAGGAACAAUAUACCUACCACUGUAGAUUCAGUAUUCGGAAUUUUGUUUAAAAGCAUUAGAAAAGAAUAUGCUGUACUUUGUCUCUAUUCUGAAGAGCUCAUUGACUUGACUCCUGCACUUCAAUUCUCGCUGAUUGACGUAACUUAGGAGUAGGUUAGCAGUAUUUUUUCACAAGUUGGAGGCUCCUUUGUACAGAAUGCCGGCUUGAUUAUGGGUACCACAACGGAGCCUAUUUCUGCCGUGAAGCAGUAAUGGGCGCCGUAGCUAGUGAAAUUACUGGGCAAAUGAGACUUAACAUCUAAUGUCUCAAGGUACGAGCGCAAUUGUUAUGCCGUUCAGAAUUUUUGGGUUUUUCAAGAAUCUUGAGCGGCACUGCAUUGUAAUGGGUAGAGCGUAUCAAUUACCAUCAGCUGAACGCCCUGCUCCUCUCGUCCUUUAUUUUCAUAAAAAAAAGUAGGUCAGCUCACCAUAGUCUGAAUGCGUGGCUAUAUAAAUAGUUAUCAAUAAACUGUCUUGUAUUUGCUAGAAAAGCCAUUUAUUUUCUCAAAAUGGAUUCCUUCUGUAUCUUUGAUGUCAGUAUUAACAGAAGUACCGUUUCGGGAGCAUAAAAUGGCGCUCUGAGAGUGAAAAAUAAUUAUUGUAAGAGAAAGAUGACAUUGUAACGAUGUCUUAAGUUAUUUCUACUUUAUAAUGAUUAUCUUAUCCCAGGCUGUCUUAUUCCCUUAAACCUUUAUUCAUGUAUAACAUCUUAACCUUAACUGGAUUUUUUUUUUAAAUAAAAUUGUAUACACUUACCCUUAAAACUAUUUAGUAUUGUAGUAAAACGCGAGUUUGCAAGUCGUGCUAAAGUAAAAUAAAUAAUAAUGAAAGAUGCUACAUAACACAUCUUAGCAAAUAUCUAUAAAUUUGUGCCGUUAUCUUGAUGGAAUGGUAAACAUAACUAUUAAUAUUUUAUACAGUAUUACUAUGUAAUAUUCGUAGCGUAGAAUUGCGAGGAGUAUAUCGAUGAGUGGUUCCCAUCCCUAACAUUCUAUAUUACCUAAUUUAGAUAGAGAAUGUCGGCACAAACAUACUGUUAAAACACAAAUUAAUGAAAAUUAUUUAUUGUAUUUUUUCAAAUAAAUUAUUUAAUAUAUAUUAAUGAAUUAUAGUAUUGUAUUGACGGGUGAUACGAAUAUUAUCGAUGACAAUAAAUACAGUGUCUACGGAAUACGGAAUUAGUGUUAAUAGAUUUUGAAUCUUGUAUAGUGUAGCUUAUAACGUCAUAGUAUAAAUAAAUAAUAUUAAGUAAUAUUAUUUUAUAAUAAUUCUACAAUUCUCAAAUAUUUUGUAACGUAACUUUGUAAAUUCUAUUGACGUUUCGUAAUAUUUUGAUUUGGGCCUAAUAUUGAACUUUUGAGAAAUCUUACAAUGAAUUUGUUUUACAAGGGAUACAAUUAUGCAUAAAUAUAACAGUGUAAUCAAAGUACUGUGUACAAAAAGAGCAUCGCAAGUUUUGUGCAAUGAAAUAUCAAGUUUGCUCGGCUUAUCACAAUAUGUGCUGGGACCCUAAUCCUUCUGGAUAAAAUAGGCACAAAACUAUAGGUAAAUAUCAAACAAAUAAGCGAUAAUUCAAAUCAUUUCAAACUAGUACCUGUUUCAUUUGAUUCUCUGAAUAUUAAACAACAAGAAAGGGUUAGACAUUAAAAGAACAUAAUAAAAAAAGAAACUGACCAGUCUUUAAAACAGAAUGUUUUCAUUAAGAGUACCCAAUAGACAAAUUAUUGUGUUUUAAAACAUUUUUAAAAAAUAUAAUAUUACCUCAUCUAUUAUAAACAAAACAAAACAUUCUAUAAAGAUUUCCGAUGAAUAAAUAAUUAUAUUAAUUAAGGUAACUUUCGGAGAUGUGCGUAUUCGUGCAUGAAAUUUUACAUUUUGAAAACCGUAUUUUGUAAUGAUAUUUUAAACAAAUACCGAUAUGACGAAGUCAAAUAUAUUCGAAAUGUUUUAUGAAUUUCAAUUUUAUGAAAUGUGUUUUGUUCUAAGUAGGUACCUAUUUUGUAAUAUAAUGUAGGCGUCACAAUCUAAAGUAAGGUCUCAACAAGGUCCCUAUUUAGCGGACAUCGCAGUGCUAUCAGUUGCGCGUGUGCGAACAGUAUAUUAUACAUACAGGAUGUUAAAAAAAUCCUGUACUAUAUCUUAUAUUGGUAUCAAGUAGUGAGAACAAAUAAUAAUAACAAACAAACGAACAAAUAAUAUUGAUCUUCAUAAAAUAAGCACAUUAAAAAAAAUAAGAAAAAAGAUUAUAAAUGUACCCAAGUAUAAGAGUUUGCAAACCUCUGCCUGCGGCCAUUUUUAUUUUUCCCCGCCCACACACCCAUUCCAUUAAUUCAUGCCAAGGGCGCGCGCGCGGCAAAAACGAAAGUUUUGUAUAAUAAACGUCGCCCGCCAUAUUCGUUUGAGCCGCCGCACCGCGCUGCUGAUGCUAGCUAUUAGACCGAGGCGCGGGCCUUAGUUUACUGAUAAAAUAAAUAAGUCAGGGGCUCUCAAGAUUUUUGAAACAUCUAACAUGAAAUGUUCUCUUUAUCGUAGCAUUUAAUCUAAGGGGUUUGGAUAUAUUAUUUUAUUUUUAGUGGUGUCUCCGCAUUCAACUUCAUAUCAAUUAUCGUACAGGGUUUUUUUAACAUAGUGUAUAUUAUAGGUGAAUAAAAUUUAGUUUUUUGUCGAAAAAUGUACCAAAAUCACGAACUAAUGAUGCCUGUUACAAAGGAACAUCAUUAAUGAUGUAAAAUGAUGCAGUCUCAGUUCUAUUUCUAGUGAUCUUGAUUUGAACACAUUUUAUUGGAUUAAGUAUCAUUUGUUUACAUUACACCAGUUUUAUUAUCCAGGUCAGUUUGAAGAAGUCUUAUUUCAAUCUGUGAAUUAAUUUCUUUAUAAAUUUUUAAGUCAUCUCCGAACAUAGAACAUUAAUUAUUGUUAAAUUAGAUUAAUAAAAGCGUUAAAAAGUACAGGACCAAGAUGUGAGGCCUGGGGAACGCCUGAUGUAGGAAAAAAGGUAUAAGAAAUAUUACCAUUUGAGAUAAUCGUCUGCCUUCUGUCUUUUAAAUAAGAUUGUAUUAAAUUUAAUAGAUUACCAUAAUUCCAAUAGAAUUUUAAUUUUGAUAGAAGUAUUACAUGGUUUACUUUAUCGAAAGCACUAGAAAAAUCUGUGUAAAGCAAUCAGUCUUAGUUUUAUUGUCUAAGAAAGAUCUAAAAUUAAAUUGGACAAUUUUUUUUUGAAUAUCUUAGGACAAAUGCUUAAGAUUGAUACGGGCCUAUAAUUUUAUAAAUGUUCGGGACAUUUAAUGCCUAGAUAAUAUUUACAUUAUUUAUUAAAGAUAGUUAUUAAUGCUAAUAGAUAAAUAUCUGCUUAUCUGUUGUAAAGGAAGGUGGGCAACUGUAAGGUGUUUUUCAUUACUUUUGGUUCAAAUUAUUAAUUAGUUUACUUUGAAGCAAAGUUGUAGUAAUUAUCAUGAAAAAGUAGAUAACAGGAUUUACGUAUAUAAAUAAAUUUUAUUGUUAUUAGUAAGUAUUGCGUAAUAUUUAGGUAACAUUCUCUCAUUUUAUAUGCCGGAAGCUAAUGAUAUUAAAUUCGAAAUAUUAUUAAAUUUAUUUGGACAAAGGCAACUAUAGUGAAUUUAGGAUCAUGUGCGUAUAUAAUAACUAAGAUAUAUUUUUGGCAACAAAUCAAUUAUAUUACCGUGAUUAAAUCUUUGUUCAAUCCAAGCUGAUAAAUUUUAAAUUAUACCUUCUAAUAUCAGUAUUAGUCUAUAAAUCUAAGUAUUUACUACUAAAAACGAAAUGGUCUCAAAUAUUUUAAGGUAUAAUACCCAUUAUAACUCUUCAUUUGAUUCAUAACUACAUAACGCGCGAGUUGAGUGCAGAGUUCUUGAAUGUGAUAGUGUUGUGACCGUAUUACAAUUGAUGACGAUAAUCAUGAAUGUGUCGAUAAAUUUACACAACGCUUCAAGUUUACUAUUUAACACUAGGUUAAAAUGAUGAAAAAAUUAAUAAAAUAAUUAGUAAAUUAUUAUUGUUGAUUAUUAGCGGGGGUAGAGCUUUUCGCUCUAUACCCCGGCCAGACUGCAUUUAACUCGCGCGAUAACUGUAGGUUUGAAUAUCAAUUUCCAUUGUAUAAAUGAAAAUAUCUUGCCUUGCCAAAGUAAGUAGGUAAUUAUCAAGUGAGUAAAUAUUUGAUAGUCCUUAAAAAAAGGUCUUCUAACCUUCUGCAGAAUCAUUGCAAUAGUCAAUUGUAACAUGACGACGAUGUACAAUUAUACUUUAACCAGACAAUGAAAUAUAAAGUUAUAUUGUUUAUGAAUCUUACAACGUUUUGUUGCAUCUGGGAGUUUUGUCAUAGAUGCUUUAAACAUCGCAGAUAUGAUAAAAAUCUCAAUAAAAUGUAUAUUUACAGUAUUGGUCGCGAUCUCUUGUAGACAAUGAGUAAUAAUGGAUAUUUAUAGUGUGUUGAAACCAUAUACAUACAAAUAUAAUGUGGUUGUUUAGUUGUCGCGGAGAGUAUGAGUUUGAAAACGAAAUGUCUUUCAUCGAAUACUUUAGUGCUUAUAAGCUAUUGUGUGAUAAAUUGCGCCAAAUUAUAAUUUGUAUGUUAGACGCGAAUGGUAAUAUUUGCGUAUAAAUCGUAUAGUUCUGUCGAUUUUUAAUAUCAGAUAGUAAUAUAUAUAAGUAAUCCAAAUAUGUUAAAAUGUUCCAUUGCAUAGAAAAGAAGUACCGUAACACAGUGGGCUCUCAAGGGCUAAUAAUUUAGAUAGGUAGUAAGUAUCCUGGACCACGUACCGGAAGACGCAGUGUUGGUAGGUCCCCCACAAGAUGGACCGACGAUCUGGUCAAGAUCGCCGGAAUACGUUGGAUGAGGGCAGCGCAGGACCGGUCGUCGUGGUAAUCUUUGGGGAAGACCUUUGUCCAGCAGUGGACGUCUUCCGGCUGAUGAUGAAGUAUCCUGGAAUAGUUGCCUAUUUUAUUAACGUAUUACAAAACUGGAAACACUUAUUAGAAGUAGAGAUGUACUAACUAGGGCCAUUAGAUCGUGUUCAUAAAAACAGAUGAUCUUAGAACAUUUAUGAUAAAUGACAAAAUUGAUAAAAAAAUUUGCUGAUAGCCGAAAAUAAUAUUUUAAUUUUGUGCAAACAAUUUUUUUUUUUAUUUUGAGAGAAAUCUUUACUCAUCACCAAGCAAAUUUUAUACAGAGCCCCGCCAAGGCACGCUACGCCACUGGGUCUAAGUAACACAUUAAUUAGGUUCUAUAAACCUAGCAAGGCUUGUGAUUCAGUGUUACUUUAGCCCUUAAUUCAGUAAUAAUUUGACAACGUGGACGAUGCGAGAUUCGAACCCGCGCCUCCAUCGGUUUAACCGUUCAGUAAGUAAAUAACAAAAUUGUUUAUAUUUCAAAAAGCGACAACUAAAGACAAUGUCCUGGCAUACAAUUAACAGGGUUGAACAGAUAUUAGUUGUAUGUACUGUGUGUUAUAUGCUGGUUAACAUUAUUUAGACAUUGUGAAUCGCAAACGAUGGCUCUAUUCGAUAAAUAGAUCGCAUGUAACCUAUUCCUAACUUUCCUUGUACAUUGUGAAACAUAUAUAUUUAUUUGAUCGAAGAUAGUUCUUACGUUUUUAUCUAAUUAUAAAAUAUACUUAUAAUAAUAGUGAUUACAACCAGUAUUAUGGAAAUUUUGUAACAAAUGAUAUUUAUUAUUUAGUGAGUCACUGGUUCGAAGGAUGACCAUAAAACCUAAUUGUUGAUAAGUAAUUAAGUAUUAUAAUAUUAAGUUAAUGUAAUGAAUUUUAUCAUUUUUUAUGUAAGUAUAAUAUUUGAAUUAAAUAAUAUGGAUGA